GCAAAUGACUAAAGCGUGAUCCCACAGCCCAUGAGGCUGGACAGGACAGGACGUCCCCAGAUAUCUUUUGACACUCUUUUGUUUUCCUCCUUGGUUUGUGAAUGGUGGCUGGAAAGAAGGCAACAGAACUGUCACUGCUACCUGUGUCCUAUCCUGAGUCUUUGUCCCAGUGAAGACAAUUUUCACACCACUACAAAUGGACAGCACAGGCAUGAAAAGAGGAAUUGUGAUUAAAGAUGACUGGCCAGGAUACAGCCUGGACCUGUUCACCUACCCUGAACACUACCACGAAGACAUAGAGAGUGUCUACAUACCACAUGGUGUCAUCAUGAACAGGGUAGAGCGUCUGGCCGGCUACGUCAUGGAUGACUUUGGGGACAGCAUAAUGGUGCUGUGUGUCUUGAAGGGAGGCUACAAGUUCUGUGCAGACCUGGUGGAGUUCAUCAAGGUUCUCGGCCGCAACUCCAACAAGUACCUGGAGACCCGGGUGGAGUUUAUCCGUCUGAAGAGCUACCAGAAUGACCAAUCGACAGAGGAGCUGCACAUCAUAGGAAGCCGAGAUCUGUCUUUCCUACGUGGAAAGAGUGUGCUCAUUGUCGAGGCCAUAGUUGACACAGGAAAGACCAUGAAGGCCCUUCUGAAGCAUGUGGAGACCUUUGAACCCAAGAUGGUCAAGGUCGCAGGGCUGCUGGUGAAGAGGGUCCCUAACAUGGCUGAGAGUCUGACAGACUGUUUCACGUCUGUAGUCGUAAACAACACCUUCACUAAUUCCUUUGGAGGAACCCUAAAUGAAGCCAGGCUUUAUUACUUGUCCAUGACCCCUGAGGUGCAGAGGAGCGAGAUAAGCAAGAGAUUUCAGCCACUGAUGGACAUGAAGAAGGAGGACGGUGUGGAUUAG